AUGUCGGUAACACAUCUGUGUUCUCUUCCUUUUGGCACUAACCCAGGACGUUUGGAUCCUUGCAUUGGUAGACACUGGAUAGCCCUACCACUGACCAAAAAUACAGUAGGGCUUUGGAAGAUAUCACAGAUUACAAAAUGCCUGCCCAUUGAAUUAACUAACCAUUCCAGUGAAGUUUGUGCCAUCACUUUAAGCAGUGAUCGUAUUACCUAUUUAGUGUCUGCAUGCAGAGAAAAGAUUUUUAUGUGGGAUUUAUGUAGUGAACGUGAUGGUCAGAUUUCAUCAAAACUUUGCCAUUCAAAUCCAGGUGACGUAACUGCUUUGAGUAUCAAUAAUAGUAAUGACAUUAUUGCUGUAGGUGUAGAUUUCAAAAUACUUCUCUUGAAAGAAGGCAGCAAAGACGCUGUCACUAUUUUAGAAGCUCACAGAGGAAUGAUAACAAAAUUAGCAUUUUGCCCACAUUACUCUGCUACUUUAGUGUCCUUGUCUGAUGAUCGUAGUUUCUGUGUCUGGGAUAUUCAGGAUUCAUCAUUACUGUUUCAUUCAAAAAUAAUAUCAUCCUCACCAUUGAUCAGCGUAAGCAUGAACUGGACGAACCCACAAAUUGCUAUCGGAACUGCAGAUGGCUUUCUGAAGGUAUUCGAUCUUGGCAGUAGCAACGACUUCAGGCAACUUUCAAGUGUAGAUAUUUCUUCAGCAUUAAAAAAAUACAUAGAAAAGAAGUCUCCAAGUGAAAGUAUGUUGCCAGAGGGAUCAGCUGUAAACACAAAAAUGAACAGGCAACAGAAGAAUACUGACCGAAACUGUGCUGGGAAUCCAGCUGUUGUACAGAUUAGUGAAAGUGUGCUGUCUGUUGAAUAUGUAUAUUUUGCUCAAGAUUGUUUAUUGGUAAACACAGGUAAUGACAAUAGUUCUGGUAUAAGUGACAUUCUUUUAGAAAAGCCACCAUUGAUAUGUGUUAUUACAUCAAAUGCUAUCCUCCAGAUUAACUCAAGAAGUUUUGAGAUUUUAAAAGCAAUAAAGUUGCACAGCCCAAUAGUAAGUCACUCAUUUUGUGGCAUUAAAAACAUUGGGACACUUUCUUAUGCAGCUUCUUGCCAGACAAACUCAACUGAAAUGUUGGUAGUUGUUGGAACUAUAUUUCAAGGGAAAAUAGAAGUGCUUCAGUUGGAAGUUGCUGAUCAAAUAGAUUAUGUACAUUUAGAUAAGACAGAAGACAGUUUACCAAUUUCUGUUGCAGGGGAAAGCACUCUUACCAUCAUUCCAUUAUCUGCAGUGUUGAGUUCAUCCCCUUUAGUUGCUGAAAUGCUUCCUCCUAUUGAAUCAAAGCCAGUUACUAAAGGAGAUGUAGCAACAGGGAAAAAGAAAUUAUCCAGUGUUAUGAAUCAGCCCCUCACUUUCAAGGCAAAAGUAUCAUCUUCAGGCUAUUUGCAAGCUCCUAGAACAGCCAUGUUUAAGCCAGAUACAUCUCAAAGCAAGUUUUUAAACAUGGAUCAUCAGCGAAGAACUAAACAAGAGCCAAGACGAAGUUCAUUUGCUAAAGUAUUGAAAGCCGAUUAUGAUACACAGAAAGGCCCACCCAUAGACUGCUGUGAUAACUUUCAAGUAGAUGCUGGUGGGAGUGCUGUUUUGUGUCUUCGUUUUUCAAAUGAUGGCAGUAACUUGGGCUGUGCUUUAUCCAAUAAAUGUGCAUUGACAUUGAAAUCAGCAUACAGCAAGCACAUCUCAACAACAUUUCUUGGUCACAAUAACAUUGUCAAUUCAAUAUAUUGGAGCAGCAGCACCUCAUAUGUACUUACAGCAUCUAAUGACAAAACAGCUUUAUUAUGGAAUAAAACAGGUGGUGAACCAUUGUUAUCUUUAACUCACCAGAGAGGUACUGUGAAAGAAGUAAAUUCAAAUAAUACAUCCUCCCCAUUGAUGAGAAAGCUGUCUACUCAACAGUCAUAUAGAAAAUAUCAGUCUUCAGAGUUGAGCACUUCUAGAAGACAGUCCUUGACUUCAACAGAUAAUAAACCUUUCACAAAAGAAAUUAAGCAUGCUCAGUUUUUCUAUGUUGAUAAAUUCAUUUUAUUAACACAUGGAGCUAAUCUGUCAUUAUUUAAAUAUCACAUUGCACAAAAUAAGGAUGAUAUUAAAAAGUACCAGUGUUACAGUCGCUACAAACUUGUAGAAAACUGGCAAACUGUCAGCGCUGUUUUCACAGCUACUGCAGCUGUAAAUGCAUUCUAUUCACACCUAGUGAUAUGCGCAACAUCCGGUCGUAACGUAGAAGUAUACGAUUUGAACAAGUCGGUUCUAGCUCAUACGUUUAUAGAAUGCCACUCUAGACCAGCACAUAGUAUUGCUAUAAAUGAAGGCUCUUGCUUUGCCUCUCAACCGACAGAAGCACACAAUGUCAUUGCAACGUCGUCUCUAACAGAUCCAAUUAAAUUAUGGGAUCUGCGAACCAGAACAAAUGUGCAGGCUUUACAAGGCCACCUUAAUAAUGCACAUGCAUGCCAGAUCACUUUCAGUCCCUGUGGAGACUAUUUGGCUUCUGGGUCAGAAAACCAAAUGGUUUAUAUUUUUGAUCUUCGUACAGGCACAUAUCUGGACCCCCUGAGAGGUCACAGUGAUGUUGUGACAAGUGUAGCCUUCCACCCAGGGUACCCGCUGCUUGCUUCUGGAAGUUUGAAUGGCAGGAUUCUGUUUUUUAAAUCACUAUAA